AUGCCUCAAGAACAAGCUGGAUUCCGUCACGGGUUCAGCUGCUUGGACCACAUCCAGACCGUGUCGAGGAUCAUAGAGGUUUGCCGGGAAUACCGCCUGCCCCUUGUUCCAAACUUCGUCGACUAUGGGAAAGCCUUUGACAGCGUAGAAACGAAUGCAAUACUGUCAGCGCUGGUCGAUCAAGGUGUGGACGCGUCGUAUGUGAGCACAUUAGCCAAUUGCUACGAUCGAUGCACAACUAGGAUACAGCUUUUCCACCGCCCUCUCACCAUACCCAUUGGAAAGGGGGGAGGGGACGAUACUAUAUCGCGGAAGCUGUUCACGGCUGCAUUGCAAUGGAUAAUGAAAUCGCUAUCCUGGGAAGAAAGGGGCAUACGUGUUGAUGGAAGGUUUCUCUCGAACCUUCGUUUCGCGAACGACAUCGUUGUUUUUUCGAGCAGUACCAAUGAAGCAGAAACGAUACUCAACGAACUACGAAUAAACAGAAAGAAGACACAGUUCAUGAAGAACGCCUACUGCGAGGACGGAGGAGCACAAUUUGAAGGCUCCCAAAUCGUGGAAACUUCGUCAUACGUAUACCUCAGGCGUUCUAUGAACAUGAAAAAGGACUUGAAGGAAGAACUGAAUAGAAGAAUGAGAGCAGCAUGA